UUCUGUACGUUUAAUGCAGCCCGUAUCUCCGCCUCCCGCGGCCCGUCUCGACACUUCCAUCACCGCCCAUCGAAAUCCUUCUACCGCCCCGCUCCGUCAUCCAUGGCUCGUCUGCUCGCGGCGCGAGCCCUUGCGCUGGCCCGCCCCUCGGGGACGCCAUCCGCCCUACGCUUCUGCCCCUCCCGUGCGCUGUCGGACGAGGUGGAGUUCGUCGAGAUCGACCUAUCCGAGGAGUCCCCUGCCUCUUCAUCCGGAGGGGAAGGCGAGGGCGACUCAGCCACGGUUCAGGCGCAGAUGGGGUCGCGGCGCCUGGAGGACGCCAUCUAUGGGGUGCUCGUGCGCCGGGCGGCGCCCGAAUGGCUCCCCUUCGUGCCCGGGGCAUCCUACUGGGUCCCGCCGUUGCCGCGGCCGCUCGGGGUGGCGAGUCUCCUCGGCGCGGCUGUGUACACCGCGAGGGGCGCCACGGCGAUGACGGAGGAGGAGGCGUUCAGCUUCACUACCGUACGGGGGUGUCCAUCCGCGGCGUACUUUGUGGGAGGUUUGAGCGGGUUCGCAAACCAAGCCGUGUGCAUGUACUCUGGUCUGGGUUGGGUAGCUCUGCACAGGUGGUCAGAGUUUUUGGUCUCCUUAGGCUCCAAAGUGUCCAGGGCCAGAAAUGGAAAAUUUCUGCGUCCAGUGAAGAAAUCAAGGGAAGAUGCUACUCAAACUGACGAUGAUGAUGAAAGCUAAUUCUAUGCUGCUUCACCUGGGGCUCCUACCGAAGAGGGCUGCUCGGGGCUGUGAAGCUCCUCUGAUGAUUGUAGAUGUAGACAGCUAGGGAGCCCCACAAGGAUCUUCGGCUGGCGUGCUCACAGCUGGUAAAAUGAUGCUGGUUCAAUCGUAUGUAUUUGGCAGAACCCGAUGCGCUAGCACCUGGACAUGGUGCGCGUAACCGUGGCGCAUAAUGUAAUAGUGUUUGUACCAGAUUUUUCCUUCUGAAUAAAAUUCUGAAUAAAAGCAUGUGCACAUGACAGCUCUCCAGUUUAGCUGGGGGCCUUGAGUUUCCAAA